UCUGUCUAUGACGUCAUACAUUGUGCUGAAGAGAGAAAGCGGCGCGCUGGAGUCUCCCGGGUACUCGGAACCGUCUCAGGGUGAUCCCUCACUGGGCACCCCGGCCUCCUCUGUCACUCCGAGGCCCAGAAGCGGCCUUCACAGAACACCACUGGGAGCUCGGAACAGAUGUAACACUCGAUUUAAAUCUCCGGUGUACUCAGUGCUGAAUAACAGCCCAGCAGCCGGUGCAUCUGAAUGUCCUAUGGAAAAUGCAGUCCCAGAUUUAAAGCGUCAACACCAUGCUCUAGAUGAAGAGAUCACACAGCUGAAGGCUGAAGGGUACAGCGUGUCAGAACUGGAAGAACACAUCACACUGCUUCACCAGUACAACGAGCUGAAAGAUGCUGGGCAGAUGCUGUUGGGUAAACUAGCUGUUAUCAGACACGUGACCACUAAAGAUUUAUAUGCAGAAUUUGGAUUGGAUUUGGAAGACUAAAAAUAAAGCAGAUGAUGUUUUUUUUCUGGAUAUAUAUGUUAGACUCAUUACAGAUUAGUUACAUGUAAAAUGAGUAAAAUCUGUUGAUGUAAAAUAUUUAGAGGGAAGGCAAGAACUCUCAAGUUACACAGCACCAAGGGACAUUUAAGAAGUGACAUCAUUAGUGUGAAAAAGCAGCUCUUCAAACGGGUGAAAAAAUAUUAAGUAAAUAUUGUUUUAAAUGAAAACUUAAACAGCAAUAUCAGUUUUGUGCUUUCUAGUAAUUCCCAUUGGCUCCUUCCUGCCAGUACUUAGUGACUAAUAGUUACUUCCUGCCAGUACUUAGUGACUGAUAGCUUCUUCCUGCCAGUACUUAGUGUCCGAUAGCUUCUUCCUGCCAGUACUUAUUGUCUGAUAGCUUCUUCCUGCCAGUACUUAUUGUCUGAUAGCUACAUCCUACCAGUACUUACUGACUGAUAGCUUCUUCCUGCCAGUACUUAUUGUCUGAUAGCUUCUUCCUGCCAGUACUUAUUGUCUGAUAGCUUCUUCCUGUCAGUGCUUACUGACUGAUAGCUACUUCCUUCCAGUACUUACUAACUGAUAGCUUCUUCCAGCCAGUACUUACUGUCUGAUAGCUACUUCCUGCCAGUACUUACUGACUGAUAGCUUCUUCCUUCCAGUACUUAUUGUCUAGUACUUAUUGAUAGCUACAUACUGCCAGUACCUACUGACUGAUAGCUACUUCCUACCAGUACUUACUGUUAGCUUCUUCUUGCCAGUACUUACUGACUGAUAGCUUCUUCCUGCCAUUAUUUACUGACUGAUAGCUACUUCCUGCCAGCACGUAUUGACUGAUAGCUUCUUUCUGCCAGUACUUACUGUCUGAUAGCUACUUCCUGCCAGCACUUACUGACUGAUAGCUUCUUCCUGCUAGUACUUACUGUCUGAUAGCUACUUCUGGCCAGUACUUACUGACUGAUAGCUACUUCCUGCCAGUACUUGCUGACUGAUAGCUUCUUCCUGCCAGUACUUACUGACUAUGAGCUACUUCCUGACAGUACUUAUUGACUGAUAGCUACUUCCUGCCGGUACUUACUGACUGAUAGCUUCUUCCUGCCAGUACUUAUUUUCUGAUAGCUACUUCCUUCCAUUACUUACUGAUAGCUGUUUCCUGCCAGUACUUUUUAUCUGAUAGCUACUUCCUGCCAGUACUUACUGACUGAUACCUACUUCCUGCCAGUACUUACUGACUGAUAGCCACUUAAUCCCAGUAUUUACUGACUGAUAGCUAUUUCCUGUAAAUGAUCAUUGGUACAUUAGUAGGAAAUACACAAGUGACACUACCAUAUUAGUUUAUUUAAAUUGUAACUGCUUCUAUUUUACAUUUUUAAGCAAAAACUAAAAACAUCAUAUGUAAAUGCCACUUUUUCAUAGUGAUAAUGGAACGUGGCCCCUUUCCAAAUUUAGUUUUAAUACAGUGGAAGAUAAUUAAUAUUGUUACUAUACUGUUAGCCUCUUGAGAUGUGAUGUGUUGUGGUAAAUGUGUUUACAUCAAAAUAUCCAAUAAUAUCUACAAAAUAAAAUGGUACAGCUGGA